UGACAAUUUGCGUAAUCAACCUUAUAUAUUGUAUCAUGACAUGUUUUUUACAUUGAUUUUACUCCAAACAGCCUUAUACUUCGCGCUGGCAGAACAUUCAUACGACAUCAAAUGGUUAGACGUUCCUUUGGAUCACUUCACGUUUUCCAGCAACAAAACCUUCAAGCUUAGAUACCUGGUCACAACGAAACACCAUAUCAAAGGGGGUCCAGUGUUAGUGUAUACCGGCGAUGAAGCCGACAUUGAACUUUUUGCAAAAAAUACUGGAUUUAUUCACGAUGUUGCGUCCGUGUUGGAUUCUCUUGUGGUCUUUGUUGAGCACAGGUACUAUGGACAGUCAAUGCCUUUUGGAAACCAGUCCUUGAGAACUCCUGAAAAUAUGAAGUAUCUUUCCACCAGUCAGGCGUUAGCGGAUUUCGCUUAUGUUAUAGAGGAGCUCAGGAAGGAAUAUUUCAAGUCGAUGAUAAGCAACGAUACAUUUCCUUUUGUAGCCUUAGGAGGAUCAUAUGGUGGGAUGUUGGCAGCAUGGUUAAGAAUGAAAUACCCAACUUCAGUUUGCGGAGCUGUAGCUGCUUCAGCUCCCAUUUGGUAUUUUUCAAAUCAAGUGCCGUGUGAGAAAUUUUACCAGAAAGUUACUGACGUUUUUGAAACGUAUGGAGGCGACGAAUGUGUAGACGUUAUUAAGAUGUCUUGGAAAAUUAUCAGGAAUCUUACUAAAGAAGAAAAAGGUAGACUGACACUGUCGAAAUCCUGGAGCUUAUGUCACAACAUAAGCUCUACCGAGAUAGACAAACUCGUCGAUUGGCUAAGCGACAUCUACGUAAACCUAGCGAUGGCGAACUACCCUUACCCUUCAAAGUUCCUGCAACCGCUUCCCGCAUUCCCAGUCCGGGUUUUUUGCAACAAACUUUACGGGGCCAACACGAACGAUACCAGGACCUUGCUGGAAGUACUGAACCAGGCUUUCCAAAUCUACACGAACUAUUCUGGUCAGCUGAAGUGUCACGACGUGAAUUCAUCUGCAGAUGAUUCUAGAAAACGGGCAUGGAGGUACCAAGUGUGUACCGAACUUGUCAUGCCCCUGUGCUCUACGGAUGCCGAUAUGUUUGAGAAUGCGAAAUGGGAUUUGAAGAGGUAUUCUGAGAAGUGCUAUAGGGACGUAGGUGUGUGGCCUUGGAGACCAGACUGGAUUGUGCAAGAGUAUGGCGGAAAAAAUUUACGAUAUUUCUCUAACAUCGUCUUCAGCAAUGGUCUAAUGGAUCCCUGGUCUGUUGGAGGAGUACUGGCCAACGUCUCAUCCAAUAUUCUUGCUGUCACCAUUCCAAGGGCUGCACACCAUGUCGACCUCAGAGAUAGCGACCUAGCUGACGAUAAUUUCGUCGUACAGGCGAGGAAGUUCCAUAUUCGUGCUAUAAGGAAAUUCUUGAAUAUAAAUUAGGAGGAUUUUCGAAAUGGAUCAAUUUAAAAAA